AUGCAUCACUUUGAGGAAGAAUUAACGUGUUCCGUUUGCUACAGCAUCUUUGAAGAUCCACGCGUCCUGCCCUGUUCCCAUACGUUUUGUAGGAAUUGCCUGGAAGGCGUUCUUCAGCUGUCGAGCAACUUUGCCAUUUGGAGACCCCUGAGAGUUCCUCUGAAGUGUCCUAACUGUAGGAGCAUUGUUGAAAUUCCGGCUGCUGGUACUGAAUCGUUGCCUGUCAACUUUGCACUGAAAGCCAUUAUUGAAAAAUACCAACAGGAAGAUCACUCCGAUGUGGCAACCUGCAGCGAACACUAUAGACAACCGCUGAACGUUUACUGUCUUUUGGACAGAAAAUUGGUGUGCGGCCAUUGCCUUACAAUAGGAAAACACAACGGCCAUCCCAUAGAUGACCUCCAGAGUGCCUACGUAAAAGAAAAGGAGACUGCUGGAAAACUUCUCAAGCAGCUCACUGAUAAACACUGGACUGAUGUCUGUUUGCUUCUUGAAAAGCUGAAAGAACAGAAGUCCCGGUGUGAAAGCAUUGUUCAGGACGAUAGAAAAAUAGUAGUACAGUAUUUUAAGAAACUUGGCGAUACCUUGGAGCACAAAAAACAAGCUCUGCUGAUUGCCCUGGAUGAAAUUAACACACGCGUUUUGGAAGAAUAUGAGCCUCUCAUCGAGAGGUUGAAAAAAAUAAGGGAAGAACAGCUCGAAUUAAUGUCACUGAAUACAUCUAUUCAGGAAGAAGAGUCGCCACUGAUUUUUCUGGAGAAGGUGGAUGAUAUGCAUCAACGUAUAAAAGCUUUGAAACGGAAGCAACUACCGGAUGUUAACCCUGUGGAGAUUUAUCCAAGGAUUGGGCACCUGUUGAAAGAUGUGUGGUCUAAAACUGAAAUCGGUCAGAUCAACAAGGUUGUCAUUCCAAAAAUAAAACUGAUUCCAAAAAGGCAGUUACGCAGCAAAGGUGGUGGAAAGCAAGGAAGAGAACCUAAAGAACUCCUCCAGGCUGUCAAUCCUUUCGCAGUCCUGCUUCUUUUUAUAACAAUGAUAGUAGUAACUGUGUGUUCAUUUCACAAACCGGUGUCGUCAGUUGUAAUCAAAGCUACUCCUGCUUAUAUCUUGGAAUUCUUGCUGCUUAUUUAUCAAAACUUCUGCACCCGUUUGGAGAAUAUAGUGGAUGUGCUGUGCCAUACAUUUAAUUUACUGAUGGAGUUUUUAGGGAGAAUUGUUUCUCUUUGA